CGGCGGCCGGCGGGACGCCCGAGCCCCGAAGCCUCCGCGGCUGAUCGGCGGCGCAUCGGGGCGGGGAGAGACGGACGCUAGAGUGACCCUCGAAGGGGACCAGCCUGCGAGGCGCGGGGAAGAAAGGAGCGGACGCGUGGAGGGGAGGGGUGGAGGCGCCCGGCCCGAAGCCCGAAGGCCGAGCGCGCAGCAGGCGACCCGGCGCCCACAGCCCGCAGCAUGGCUCGGGGCUGGGCGCGGCCGUGGCGCGUGCCUCUGUGCGCCCGGGCCGUCUGGACGGCUGCGGCGCUCCUGCUCUGGACACCCUGGACCUCAGGAGAAGUGGAGGAUUCGGAUGCAAUUGACACCUUGGGACAACUUGAUGGACCGGACAGCCCCCUUCCCACCCUUAAAGGUUACUUCCUGAAUUUCCUGGAACCAGUCAACAACAUCACCAUUGUCCAGGGCCAGACGGCGAUCCUGCACUGCAAGGUGGCGGGAAACCCGCCCCCGAACGUGCGGUGGCUGAAGAACGAUGCCCCGGUGGUGCAAGAGCCUCGGAGGGUCAUCAUCCGGAAGACCGAGUACGGCUCUCGGCUGCGGAUCCAGGACCUGGACACGACCGACACCGGCUACUACCAGUGCGUGGCCACCAACGGGCUGAAGACCAUCACGGCCACCGGGGUUCUGUAUGUGCGGCUAGGUCCAACACACAGCCCGAACCACAACUUCCAGGAUGUCGACCAGGAGGACGGCUUCUGCCAGCCUUACCGGGGGAUUGCCUGUGCGCGCUUCAUCGGGAACCGGACCAUUUACGUGGACUCUCUGCAGAUGCAGGGGGAGAUUGAAAACCGGAUCACAGCUGCCUUCACCAUGAUUGGCACCUCCACGCACCUGUCAGACCAGUGCUCGCAGUUCGCCAUCCCCUCCUUCUGCCACUUCGUCUUCCCUCUGUGCGACGCGCGCUCCAGGGCGCCCAAGCCGCGGGAACUGUGCCGGGACGAGUGCGAAGUGCUGGAGAACGACCUGUGCCGCCAGGAGUACACCAUUGCCCGCUCCAACCCGCUCAUCCUCAUGAGGCUGCAGCUGCCCAAGUGCGAAGCGCUGCCCGUGCCCGAGAGCCCUGAUGCCGCCAACUGCAUGCGCAUCGGGAUCCCCGCCGAGCGCCUGGGUCGCUACCACCAGUGCUACAACGGCUCCGGUGCCGACUACAGGGGCAUGACCAGUACCACCAAGUCAGGCCACCAGUGUCAGCCUUGGGCUCUGCAGCACCCUCACAGCCAUCACCUGUCCAGCACAGAAUUCCCAGAGCUGGGAGGAGGCCACGCCUACUGCCGGAACCCCGGGGGCCAGAUGGAAGGGCCGUGGUGCUUUACGCAGAAUAAAAACGUACGCAUGGAACUGUGUGACGUUCCCCCGUGUAGUCCCCGAGAUGGCAGCAAGAUGGGGAUUCUGUACAUCCUGGUCCCUAGCAUCGCCAUCCCACUGGUCAUCGCUUGCCUUUUCUUCCUCGUCUGCAUGUGCCGCAACAAACAGAAGGCCUCGGCCUCCACUCCCCAGCGCCGGCAGCUGAUGGCCUCGCCCAGCCAGGACAUGGAGAUGCCCCUCAUCAGCCAGCACAAACAGCAGGCCAAACUCAAAGAGAUCAGCUUGUCCACUGUGAGGUUCAUGGAGGAGCUUGGUGAGGACCGGUUUGGGAAAGUCUACAAAGGCCACCUGUUCGGGCCCGCCCCGGGGGAACCAACCCAGGCAGUGGCCAUCAAGACGCUGAAGGACAAGGCCGAGGGGCCCCUGCGGGAGGAGUUCCGGCAAGAGGCCAUGCUGCGGGCAAGGCUGCAGCACCCCAACAUCGUCUGCCUGCUAGGCGUGGUGACCAAGGACCAGCCCUUGAGCAUGAUCUUCAGCUACUGCUCCCACGGUGACCUCCACGAGUUCCUGGUCAUGCGCUCCCCGCACUCCGACGUGGGCAGCACCGACGACGACCGCACGGUGAAGUCAGCCCUGGAGCCCCCCGACUUCGUGCACGUGGUGGCCCAGAUUGCCGCCGGGAUGGAGUUCCUGUCCAGCCACCACGUGGUCCACAAGGACCUGGCCACACGUAACGUGCUGGUCCAUGACAAGCUGAACGUGAGGAUCUCAGACUUGGGCCUCUUCCGAGAGGUGUACUCCGCCGAUUACUACAAACUCAUGGGCAAUGCCCUGCUGCCCGUCCGCUGGAUGUCACCCGAGGCCAUCAUGUACGGCAAGUUCUCCGUCGACUCUGACAUCUGGUCCUACGGCGUGGUCCUCUGGGAGGUCUUCAGCUAUGGCCUGCAGCCCUACUGUGGGUACUCCAACCAGGACGUGGUGGAGAUGAUCCGUAGCCGGCAGGUGCUGCCCUGCCCGGAUGACUGUCCCGCCUGGGUCUACGCCCUCAUGAUUGAAUGCUGGAACGAGUUCCCCGGCCGCAGGCCCCGCUUCAAGGACAUCCACAGCCGCCUCCGGGCCUGGGGCAACCUAGCCAACUACAACAGCUCGGCACAGACCUCGGGAGCCAGCAACACCACGCAGACCAGCUCCCUGAGCACCAGCCCUGUGAGCAAUGUGAGCAAUGCCCGCUACGUGGCGCCCAAGCAGAAGGCCCAGCCCUUCCCACAGCCUCAGUUCAUCCCCAUGAAGGGUCAGAUCAGACCCUUGGUGCCCCCGGCACAGCUGUACAUCCCGGUCAAUGGCUACCAGCCCGUGCCGGCCUAUGGGGCCUACCUGCCCAACUUCUACCCAGUCCAGAUCCCCAUGCCGAUGGCCCCACAGCAGGUGCCCCCUCAGAUGGUCCCCAAGCCGAGCUCCCACCACAGCGGCAGCGGCUCCACCAGCACUGGCUAUGUCACCACGGCGCCCUCUAACACGUCUGUGGCGGACAGGGCAGCCCUGCUCUCUGAGGGCACUGAGGACGCACAGAACGUCCCGGAAGACGUGGCCCAGAGUCCCGUGCAGGAGGCGGAGGAGGAGGAGGAGGGCUCUGUCCCAGAGACGGAGCUCCUGGGAGACAGUGACACUCUGCAGGUGAGCGAGGCCCAUGUCCAGCUUGAAGCCUGAGGAGUAUUCAGGGCCUGCGACGCUAGAACAAAAGCCCCUGACAUGACCAGAUGGGGACCUCAGAACGGCUCUGAGAAGCUGCACCAGAGCCCAGCGACUGACUGAGCCCUCCCGCCUGAGACUGUGAGAAAUCCUAUACAAUCUCCUGCACUCUGUGCCCUUAAAAUGGCCACGGCAGCCCUGGCUUCACUGGAGGCCGUUUCAGACAGCCGUCUAGCCUGGGCAGGGUCCCUGUAGCACGGCCUCCUCAGAAACAGGACAGGGAGACCCAACCACUGUCUGCUUUAUCCUGAUGGCUGAUGGAGAACAAGCUAAGGACGUUGUGCAAAGAAACAGCCUCACUCCCUGUCCUCUGGGCCGAGGAAGGGUGGCAGAGAGGCACCUUGGAACCGAGCUGUCUCGGAAGGCUCCUCCUGGCCGAGGGUGGAGAGAGUUCUUGUCUCUCUGCCACUGCAGGUCACUUGCUUUCUAGCAGCCAAAGGCCAGUAGGAGCAGGGUGCUGCCACCUGCUGGGCUCCAAGGACAGAGGAGCUUCUGAACAGUGGGAAGUGCCUUGGAAUAUUUUUUUUUAAAUGUGCCUUUACAGAAAUCAGCACGGUUUCGUAUUUUUGUGAAGGGUUUUAAUUAUACUGCAUAUGUAUUUUGCCUACUUUUCUGGAAUUCAAGGGAAAAUGUUUCCUGGGUUGAGAAUGUUCAAAAGGAAGCAACAUUGUACAGAAAACAGUAUUGUUAAUGUUUGUUGUUUUUUUUUUUUUUUUUUUAAAGAAUCGUGUGCAGACCUUAAAUGUAAUUUAUAUGGUUUUCUGUGUGCCGUUUCAUGGAAGUAUCUUGAUCGUAAAAAAUGACUUAGUAAUUUAA